AUGGGUCUCCUCACGACUGGCGGUGAGCCGAUGCGGUGGGGCACCGACGCGAACACCAAGGCCAUCCCGCACGUCAGCGCACACGGCAUCCAGCAAUUUCUCAACGUGUACAGAAGUAAGAAGGACUGCAAAGGGAUGCCAUUUUUCUGGGGUGAGGAGCUCGAGCAUCAGUUGAUUCACGUACGCGACAACACCGUCACUCUCUGCCUCGAGGGCGCUGAGGUGAUGGCGCGGCUGUCGGCGCGAGCGGACAACAACGCCAUCUGGCACCCCGAGUACGGCAGCUUCAUGGUCGAGAGCACGCCGGCUGAACCUUACAAUUUGACCUUGGAGAGUCUGGACGCCGUGGAGCACAACAUCGAGGCCCGCUACGAUCUGAUCGACAAGGAGACGCCGCCGGGCGUGGUGGGCACCACCUUCGUCACCUUCCCGCUGAUGGGCCAGGGCGACUUUGCGGAUUCCGAAGACAAGAGCUCGCCUUACUCGCAGUCUUUGUUUGUGCCGGACGCGUGCAUCAACCGCAGCCACCCGCGCUUUGCGAAUCUGACUGCAAAUAUUCGUCUGCGCCGCGGCCGCAAGGUGUGCAUUCAGGUCCCGCUGUACAUGGACACGUACACGAUGGAGCGCACCGUGGACCGCCGCCUCAACAUCGACAAGAGUCCGCGCAACAAAGACAUCGACUGUGGCGUGAAGGACGACAAAAAGAAGAAAACGAGCAAAUUUGGCUCCGACACGACGACGCCAAUCUCCGCCAGCCCGAUCGACCCACGCGAAAAGGAGUACCCGGCGAAGGAGGCGCUGAAGCACCUGUUCACGCCGGCGACGCUCUACUACUACGCCCAGUACUUCACCCCGCAGCAGCGCGAGCACGUGCAGGAGCGCUACAACGCUUGCCCGUGUCCGGUACCCUCGGUGAGUCACCCCUGCAUCUACAUGGACUGCAUGGCGUUUGGUAUGGGCGACAGCUGCCUGCAGGUCACCAUGCAGCUCGACAACAUACACGAGGCUCGUCACGUCUACGACCAACUAGCCAUUCUGUGCCCUGCCUUUCUCGCGCUUAGUUCCGCAACGCCUUUUCAGAAGGGGCUGCUGUGCGACUCGGACGUGCGCUGGCUGACCAUCGCCUCCGCCGUGGACGACCGCCGCGUCGAGGAGGUCCCGCGCAUCCUCAAGUCUCGCUACGACUCCAUCUCCGUCUUCCUCAGCGACACCACGCCCCACCUGGAGGAGUUCAAUGACUCGAAGAUUGAGAUUAAUCAUCCGUACUACGAGGUACUGAUGGAGGCGGGGGUGGAUUCCCGACUGGCGCAGCACAUCGCCUACCUCUUCAUUCGCGACCCCCUCGUGUUGUACGACAAGAUGAUCGACAUCGACGACACGACGCACACGGAGCACUUCGAAAACAUUCAGUCAACCAACUGGCAGACGGUGCGCUUCAAGCCGCCGCCGAUGGGCAGUGACAUUGGCUGGCGUGUCGAGUUCCGUGUGAUGGACAUCCAACCGACCCCGUUCGAGAACUCCGCCUUCGCCGUCUUCAUUCCUCUUUUGACCAAGGCUAUCAUCAUGUACAAACCGGUGUUCUACACAAAGAUUUCCACUGUGGACGAAAACAUGGGCCGUGCUCACCACAUCAACCCUUGCGAUCACGAGUACGUCAUGCGCAGAGACAUCUUCGCCGAAACCGCCACCGCAGACGUCGCCGAAACGGCCAAGAUGAGCAUCGAUGAGAUCUUCAACGGUAAGGAAGGCGGCUUUUACGGUCUUAUCCCCUUGGUGCGGCGCUUCCUGAACGAUGAAAAGAUGCAGUCGCCGCAGAUCGAGUCGUACCUGAAAUUCCUGUCCAUGCGCGCUUCCAAACGCAUCCCUACCGCAGCGCAGUACAUGCGGAUGUUCGUGAUGGAGCACCCCGACUAUCAGCACGACUCGCGUCUCAGCGGCACCAUCGCCCGUGACCUCGUGAAGCACAUGCACGACCUCGCGGCGCGCAAGAUCCACGAUGAUGCUUACCUGCCGAUGAGCGCCUUCAAAGCACACAAGCGGGAGCGCAGCGCAUAA